UGCUGUGAGGUCUCUAGUGUAGACCUAUAAAGUGGUAUGCAUCGGCAGUACAGUAUUUGACUGCAUUUACAGAGAGCCUCUGCACAGUAACUGAAAACUAAACUCUUCAUUCAGGAUUUUAGGAAACUGUAGGGACUCAAACUAAGGUUGGGAAAAGCCAUCUGCCAAUGAAGAUAAACUUUAAAAGGCAGCAACUUCAGAUGAAGAGAAGGCUUUGCUAGAAGCAAGUCUGCUGAUCUUAAUUUCAUUAGUGAUGAAACCAGCAAAAACUCAGUUUCUAUGAGCGUUCUGAUCUAAUUAGCUUGAUGUUAUACUGUGAGUGUUCAUGAACUAUCAGGAGUGAGUGCUCUCAGGACUCAAGUUAACAGAAGCGGGAUUUGAUAUGGAGCAGUGAGGAAAAGAGGUCUGCGACACCUCAGGAAGGCAUAAUAGAAGGAAGUAUUUACCUAAUAUGUUAAUAUGAAGCCACGAAAACUGAGUCACUUCUGUAGGAGGAUAUAACUUCCUUAUUUGGCUAUUAGUUAGCAAGAGAUUGAAACGAUGUAAGAGUUUCUGGGGAGGAGGAGAUUUAUUGAGCAAUGUGCACACAGUGAAACUCUGAGGACAAAAAGAGAUCACUCUUCUAAUGUAAUGUAAAUAUGACAGACUUCCCAAUAUUUGUUCUGUAGUUUGGAAGUGACAAGUGACCUUUUGACAACAAGAGACUAAUGGUGUGUAGGUGCGGUCAGAAAACAUUCAGGGCCUGAUCCCACAGCCCUUUAACUCUUUGUUAACUUUUCAGGCCCUUGGUAAGCAUUUAAUUAAAUGUACAUGCCUAUUACAAGUUGACUCCUUUAAAGCACUCAUGACCUAGGUGGCCAGGUACACUGUGUGCAGUGAUGUGAAUUCAAGCAUCUUGUAGAUUUUUUCCUUUCAUGACAUCUAGCGUUAUGCCUUUAUUUUUCUCCUCUGUGUCAACACUUCUGCACCAAACUGUGAGCUGGCACCAUUCUCAGCCCUGUUCUACAGACAUUCACUGAAGGUUUCCUGCCUCAGGACUGCUCAGCCUUUACCUCUCCCCAGAGGCCACUCCUGCCUCCUUUAUAUCCAGAUUGGGGUAACGAGUCUUCAGUGGAUUUGACUAACACACUGAACCCUUUCCCAGCAGGCUCAACACCUGCUAACAAGGAACUGUAUUUCAAGAAUCUUUCCAGACAAAAACAAAUCAUGGAGAAGAAUGGGAACAACCGAAAACUUCGGGUUUGCGUUGCUACUUGCAACCGAGCUGAUUAUUCAAAAUUAGCUCCUAUUAUGUUUGGCAUUAAGGCGGAACCACAGUUCUUUGAGCUUGAUGUCGUGGUGCUUGGCUCCCAUCUGAUUGAUGACUAUGGUAACACCUACCGUAUGAUUGAACAAGACGACUUUGACAUUCACACGAGGUUGCACACCAUAGUGAGAGGCGAGGAUGAGGCAGCCAUGGUGGAGUCAGUAGGCCUUGCGUUAGUAAAGCUACCGGAUGUCCUCAACCGUCUGAAACCUGACAUAGUGAUCGUUCAUGGGGACAGAUUUGAUGCUCUGGCACUAGCCACAUCUGCAGCCUUGAUGAAUAUUCGGAUUCUUCAUAUUGAAGGCGGGGAAGUCAGUGGGACCAUAGAUGACUCAAUCAGACAUGCCAUAACCAAACUGGCUCAUUUCCAUGUGUGUUGCACAAGAAGUGCAGAGCAGCAUUUGAUAUCCAUGUGCGAAGAUCAUGAUCGUAUCCUCUUGGCUGGCUGUCCUUCAUAUGACAAGCUUCUCUCCUCCAAAAAUAAAGACUACAUGAGUAUUAUACGUAUGUGGAUAGGUGAAGAUGUAAAACCAAGAGAUUAUAUAGUCGCUCUGCAGCACCCUGUGACCACGGAUAUUAAACAUUCCAUAAAGAUGUUUGAACUAACGUUGGAUGCACUCAUCUCCUUUAACAAAAGGACGCUAGUUCUGUUCCCAAACAUCGAUGCAGGAAGCAAAGAGAUGGUUCGGGUGAUGAGGAAGAAGGGCAUUGAGCAUCAUCCCAAUUUUCGAGCAGUAAAGCAUGUUCCGUUUGAGCAGUUCAUCCAGUUAGUGGCACAUGCUGGCUGUGUGAUUGGUAACAGCAGCUGUGGUGUUCGAGAGGUGGGAGCGUUUGGAACUCCUGUCAUCAAUCUGGGAACACGUCAAAUAGGAAGAGAAACAGGCGAAAAUGUUCUUCAUGUUCGUGAUGCUGACACACAGGACAAAAUACUACAAGCUUUGCAUCUCCAGUUUGGACAACAGUAUCCUUGCUCAAAAAUAUAUGGGGAUGGUAAUGCUGUCCCAAGAAUUCUGAAGUUCCUCAAAUCUAUUGACCUCAAAGAGCCACUGCAGAAGAAGUUCUGCUUCCCUCCUGUAAAGGAGAACAUCUCACAAGAUAUUGACCAUAUCCUAGAAACUCAGAGUGCCUUGGCUGUGGAUCUAGGUGGAACAAAUCUCCGGGUAGCGAUAGUCAGUAUGAAGGGUGAAAUAGUGAAGAAAUAUACCCAGCUCAAUCCUAAAACCUAUGAGGACAGAAUAGGAUUGAUUCUCAAGAUGUGUAUGGAGGCUGCAUCAGAAGCUGUAAAUCUGAACUGCAGAAUUUUGGGAGUGGGUAUUUCUACAGGUGGACGGGUGAAUCCCCGAGAAGGAAUCGUGCUUCAUUCCACAAAGCUCAUUCAGGAGUGGAGUUCUGUUGAUCUGAGGACCCCGAUAUCUGAUGCUCUGCACUUGCCAGUCUGGGUGGACAAUGAUGGCAACUGUGCUGCUCUGGCAGAGAGGAAAUUUGGGCACGGAAAAGGAGUGGAAAAUUUUGUAACGCUAAUCACUGGUACAGGAAUUGGAGGUGGAAUCAUUCAUCAACAUGAAUUGAUCCAUGGAAGUUCCUUUUGUGCUGCUGAACUUGGACACAUUGUGGUGUCUCUAGAAGGACCAGAGUGCCUGUGUGGGAGCCAUGGAUGUAUAGAAGCAUAUGCCUCUGGAAUAGCCUUGCAGAGAGAAGCUAAAAAACUACAUGAUGAGGAUCUGUUGUUAGUGGGCGGAAUGUCAGUGAAGACGGAAGAGACCAUUAGUGCUGUGCAUCUCAUUCAGGCAGCUAAACUUGGGAAUGCAAAGGCUGACAGCAUUCUCAGAACAGCUGGGACAGCUCUAGGCCUUGGAGUGGUGAAUAUCCUGCACACCAUGAACCCCUCUCUAGUGAUCCUUUCUGGAGUUUUAGCAGGCCAUUACGUUAACAUCGUCAAAGACGUGAUCCGUCGGCAGGCUUUGUUCUCUGCUGAGACAGUGGAUGUAGUUGUCUCAAAUCUGGCGGACCCUGCUCUGCUUGGAGCUGCUAGUCUGGUGCUAGAUUACAGUACACGCCGAAUAUACUAGGUACCUGGGGAAGUUCCAGAAAUGGACAGUCCAGCUGUAUAACUGUUCUGGGGGGCGGGGGAAAUACUGUGCCCAGAGUAUUUCCUGCUGACCAUCAGCUUUAUCUUCUGUAGUAAAGCAGACUAGUGUUUUAGGUAGUUAGUUACUACUUCAGUAUUUCCUUAUUGUAGUAAUACCUCUUUGUAUUUUUUUCUACAUUUUAGCCAAGUUCAGAUGAAGUAAUGUGCAUUUCCAUUUUUUUGUUCACCUCUGUAGCUUGGGAGCUCAGGUGUUGCUUAAGCGAUGCUAGAAAGACUUAUCCAUAAGCACAUUCCAGUGUUCUCCCGGGAUAUAUUUGGUGAGGUGUGCCAAGUUCUAGACAACACUUGGGAACCUUGGUCCUGUCUCGUAACUCUGUGAAACUAGAAAAGCCUGCAAACAA